GGACUGGGCGGAAGCGUUGUUCCUGUUUCAGGGAGGGGUUAGGUCACAGCCGGGCUUCCUGGAGAUUUGUCGGUUGUUGCCGAUAGCUGCAGAUCCGGAGCACUACAAGAAGCGCCAGCAUGGGAACCAGGGACGACGAAUAUGACUAUCUCUUCAAAGUGGUGCUGAUUGGAGAUUCCGGAGUUGGAAAAAGUAACCUGCUGUCUCGAUUCACUCGCAAUGAGUUUAACUUAGAGAGUAAAAGUACCAUCGGGGUGGAGUUUGCCACAAGAAGCAUCCAGGUGGACGGUAAAACAAUCAAAGCUCAGAUUUGGGACACGGCUGGACAGGAACGAUACCGCGCAAUCACCUCAGCAUAUUAUCGAGGCGCUGUAGGUGCUUUGCUGGUGUAUGAUAUUGCGAAGCACCUCACCUAUGAGAAUGUUGAAAGGUGGCUAAAGGAGUUGAGGGACCAUGCAGACAACAACAUAGUCAUCAUGCUGGUGGGCAACAAGAGCGACUUGCGUCACCUGAGAGCUGUGCCCACUGACGAAGCUCGAGCCUUUGCAGAAAAGAACGGUCUGUCCUUCAUUGAGACGUCGGCCCUGGACUCUACAAAUGUGGAGGCCGCUUUCCAGACUAUCCUGACAGAGAUUUACCGCAUCGUGUCCCAGAAGCAGAUGUCUGAUAGACGUGAGAAUGACAUGUCCCCCAGUAACAACGUAGUUCCCAUCCAUGUCCCACCGACCACUGAAAAUAAACCAAAGAUGCAAUGCUGUCAGAACAUAUAACGGCUGCUGCCUGCAAAGUGCCAGGCCUCGAAUCCCUGUGUCCAGCUCUGGAGGGGCCAGGCUCUGUACCUGUCCAGUCCUAGAGGUGCCAGGCUCUGUAUAUUCCCCACGUCCUGCACUGGACUCUGGAAUUCUUUUUUUUUUUUUUUUUUUUUUCCCCCCCCUUUUUUUUUUCUUUUUUUGUUAAUAUAUUUUUUGAGUGUAUGUGUGUAAGAACUUUAAUUUUACUAUUCCAUCUGGAUUUUUACAUGUCUUAAAUUCUUAUGAUUUUCAACUUCCCAUAUAUUAAAGAAACAAUCUAAUUCUUUCUCUCUCCCUUUGCUCUGCCUUCCUCCUCCUCCUCUAAAGUUAAGAUGAUUCCAGGUCUGCCCGACCCCCUAACCCCCCGCCCCAUCCUCCUCUUCCUCUCCACUCAGAGAUGUCUGUAUAAUAUAUGAAAUAAAAGCAUGUUGUCUGCUGGAGGCGUAUUCUCCUCAUACCUUGUGACUUAACAGAUCUUUUUUCUGUUUAUGGGUUGUUUUUCUCACUCUAAUCUAGUAAUAGGUAAUGUCACUUGUAUGUCACUCAUUGCUAGAACCGCUGUUUUGAUCUAUCGAAACUACAUGGAAAAAAACAGGUGUGAUGUGUAAUAAAGUGUUUAUACUGUUAAA